UCGGAGGGAGGAGAAGCAAUGGCGAUGGCACGAGAGAGAGAGAGAGAGAGAGAGAGAGAGAGAGAGAGAGAGCAGGAGAAGAACCAGAAUCAAAUUUAAAGCAAGACCCGUUUCACGGAGAGAGAGAGUAACACGGCAACACUUGACAGUAGUGAGAGAGAGAGAGAGAGAGAGAGAGAGAGGAAGAGUGGCCAAAGGGUUUCCGCAAUGGAGGACUCUCACUCUCACUCUGUUAGCAAUGGACGUAGUGGUACCUCUUCGUGGUGGCACGCGGUCAAGCCAUUUGCUAACGGAGGAACAGCUCGAGUGCUCCAGGUCCUCCUCUACGAGAGGCCUUGUUAUCACCAUCCACAAAAGAUCAACCUCGACAAGGUACCCGGCGGGAAGGUCCUGGCUUCUCUACCUUAUGCUGUGAUGUUUGGUUCAUAUGAGACUCUCAGAAGAAAAGCCAUAUCUGCCAAUGGAGGCAUGCCUUUGCCUUUCUAUCAAGAAGUAACAUGUGGGAUUCUUGCGGCAACAUCGGCAUCAUUCGUCUUCGUUCCGAGAUUUGAGAUAGAAAAGCUUAUUGUGGCUGAUGCUGCUUUGCCGGCUGCACAACGUGUGAAUUAUAGAAGCGCUGGUCAUGCGGUCUCUAGCAUUGUUGCAAAAAAGGGAAUCUCAGCGCUGUGGAAGGGUCAAUCUCGAGUGACGGUGGGCACAUUACAUUGCACGACCUUCCUCCUGUCUUAUAAUCAAUCAUUCUGUUAUCUUAAGGAUUCUGUUCAUGUUGACGAAUCAUGUGCACGCUUAGGGGCGACUGUGGUUUCUGGGCUCGCUACGCCAAUCUGCUGGACUUUUUAUAGAAAUUUUUAUGCCUUCACGCAAUUCAUCAAAUCCCAGGCAGGUCAGAGGCCUCCUCCCAUUAGCUCCAUCGAUUGUGCCUGCAACAUGCUGAAGUUCGGAGGACGUUUCAAAUUCUUCACCGGUCUCUCUGGUUAUCUAUUCACUUGGUCACCUUUCCUUAUGAAACGCUGGUGCAGACCAUGUUGGUAAUGCGAGACUCGCUCCAGGAAAUGGAGGAGCUCAUUGGGUGGCAAUUCUGGCAACUCCCGCGCCCAACUUCGGCUUCUUCACCUGCAUACCUAUCCUUGACCGGCUGUUCUGUUUAACUGAUACAAAAUGGAACUACGACAAUUGUUGCCAGAUUUCUUUAUUUCCAAGGCAGGGCCUUUUCGACC